AGACACGCAUAGUGCCCUCAGCAGGCUCCCCGUCAGUCUGAGCAGCUUGCUCCUGAGGGCAGCAGUGUGCAGGCCACCACAGAAAGUGAGACCAGGGGACAGGAGACCUGAGGAGACAGAGGAAUCAGGGAGGAACAGGAGCAGCAGACCUGAAGCACAAGGUGAUAAGACAUGGAGCCAAGGCUGUGUUGUAGGGCUUUCUUCCUGGCUGGCAGACUCUGGACAGCCAUCAGCAAGGCUCUGUUUGCUGAGUUCCUGGCCACGGGGCUGUAUGUGUUCUUUGGUGUGGGCUCUGUCCUGCCCUGGCCUGUGGCCCUUCCCUCUGUGCUGCAGAUCGCCAUUACCUUCAACCUGGCCACGGCCACAGCUGUGCAGAUCUCCUGGAAGACCAGCGGGGCCCAUGCCAACCCCGCGGUGACGCUGGCCUACCUCGUGGGGUCCCAUAUCUCUUUGCCUCGGGCUGUGGCCUAUAUUGCUGCCCAGCUGGCAGGGGCCACCGCUGGAGCCGCUCUUCUCUACGGGGUAACUCCAGGAGGUGUCCGAGAGACCCUGGGAGUCAACGUGGUCCACAAUAGCACGUCAACCGGCCAGGCGGUGGCCGUGGAGUUGAUCCUGACGCUGCAGCUGGUGCUCUGUGUCUUUGCGUCCAUGGACAGUCGGCAGACCUUGGGCUCCCCAGCUGCCAUGAUUGGGAUCUCUGUGGCUCUGGGCCACCUCAUUGGGAUCUACUUCACCGGCUGUUCCAUGAACCCAGCUCGCUCCUUUGGUCCUGCUGUCAUUGUCGGGAAGUUCGCAGUCCACUGGAUCUUCUGGGUGGGACCCCUCACAGGGGCUGUCCUGGCUUCGCUGAUCUACAACUUCAUCCUGUUCCCUGACACCAAGACUGUGGCUCAGCGGCUGGCCAUCCUCGUGGGCACCACCAAGGUGGAGAAAGUGGUAGAUGCGGAGCCCCAGAAGAAAGAAUCCCAAACGAACUCAGAGGACACAGAAGUGAGCGUGUGACACUGCCCAGCCCCUGGCCCCUCCGGCUUCCAGGGCGGGAUGCAGGUGGGCGGCUUGCCUGGCUUGAGGUGUCCCUGGUGUUGGGGGGAUCGGCAGACUUGGCCACUUGUUCUAAGUAGGUACCAAUCCUAUCCCUGACAAAACGGUUGCUUCUUUUCCUUGCCUGUCUUUCUCCCCUGAGAUCCACCACCCAGGCUGACCUUAUAUUCAGUCUUCCCCCUUGGCCUAUGAAAUAGUUGGGACUUGGGCACACCACCAUGACUGGCUUCUGCAUUAAUAGACAGAAAAAAAUCUGGAAGUAAAUCCAUCCAGUUAAUUUAAUUCUCCAAGAUCUUCCUUGCAUUUCCUUUUUCUUUCUUUUGGUGUUUAAAAUUUUACAUACAAAGUAAUAUGCUUCAUUAUGUCCUUUUCAUACAUACUUUGCUUUUGUUGACCCUCUUCCUGGACUUGGGCCCCCCCCCCCGCAGGCCUCUUGGACACUUCCUGCUGGUUCCCUCAUCCCACUAGGUCCUCUACUUCCCCCCUAAUCCCCAGUCCCCCCACACCUGUACCGCCUUCUCCCUCCUGUGAUUCUGGUUCUGGUUCCAUUAGGACAAGCGUGAAGGGAGGCAGCAGGACCCCGUGGCAUCCUGGACCUCUGGAUCCCUAUCUUGGGGAAAGGGGAAUUGGGACCCAGAUAGCCUUUCUGCUUGGAUUCUGAUGAGGGAGUGUUAGGAAGCCCCAAAAUAUUUCCACUGAGUAGAGAAGGGAAACACUACUCUUUGAGAUGCCUGAACUUCUCACAGGGUUUCUUUGAGUGGUUUGGGGAUCCAUCAGAGUGGGGUUUCCUGAGGACAGAAAUCGCUUUCUUAAAAGGACUUCAUUUCUACUUUCCAAAUGCUCGGGAAGGUCCACACCCCGUACUGUGGGACCAGACAGAGAAACCUUCUCCUAGGUUAGCAAGGAACAGCAUUGAGGAGCUCUGGACCAGAUGAUCUUCUCCUGAGGCCCCUCAGUGUAGACACAGGAAAACCUCCACUCCUGUUCUAAAGUCUACAUCCUGGGCCGGCAGCCUCUCCAGUCUGGUUCUCAGCAUCAUAGGACCCAAAGAAGCUGUUAAAUAAGUUCUCUUAAAUGAGACCACAGAAUGACCCAGAAAAUCGAGAUUAGAGGUUUAGCGCCUCUGAAAGACCCUGGGAGUUGAGUGGAUUUUGGUAGAUGUUAAAGGCUGCUGUGUCUCUUCUCUGCCUCCGAUAGGAGCUAGGACGUGUGGUGGUGGGGAUCCUGUCUGAAUUUCAGCUUCCCCACUGCAAAAUGGGCACACUCCUCCCGCAGAGAGUGCUGUGGCAACAGCAAGUUAGAAGAUGCUUUGGGGAGUUAAAUGCUGGUAGAACAACUCCAAUAAAUGAUGAUUAUUGUUGCA